UAUUUUGAAAUACCUACGUCAUUUGACUAUGAGGUCUCACGUGAGCGGUAAGCUAUAUAAGGAUAUGUAAACAGUCGAUUUUAAACAGUUUAAAAAUACGGAAAAUAUACUAUUUGGUAAAGCAAAAAUGUCUGAAAAGAAUCGUGUUUGUCCUGAAUACGAAGCACCGCCCCCGUACUCAAAGGACGUGCCACCUCCGUACCCGAAGAACGUGCAAGCGUUUCAACAGCCGACAGUUGUAGUAGACGGCGCGUCGACUUUCCAUGGCGGAGCUCGGUUUAAUGAAUUUGCAAAACCUUACAUACCUCCCCCACCCCCGGGAUGUUUGCCAAAUCAUCUUCAACAGCUGCAGAUGGAACGUGGUCAGUUUGAAGUUGUGAUAACAAAUCCAAGAACAUUUAAUCAGCAUUUCCAUGGAAUAGUCAGCUAAAAAUAUUUAUACUGACCUACAUCUGUUUGAAUUUAGUCAGUCUUGAUUCAAUGAGCUUAAAAAGUGGAAAAU